CCUGUAAGUGUGGUGCAUACAGCAGUUUGCCGAUGACAUCUUUUUUUGUGUGUCCAUGCAUCAGCAGUUUUCUCUACCAUUGUCUUUAAACCACAGGGUAAGUGACAACAGAGUGAAUGAGCCUGUUGACAUUUUAAUCCGACAAUGAAAACAGUUUUCAUUUCCUAAGUCCCCUAAACUAAAAAUCAGGGACUCGUAAGGGUUUAUAGAUUACAGUAUGUGCACUGGUGAUCCAUGGUACAGUAUUUUGUGUAUGUGUGCAUGUGCAUGUGCAUGAGUGUGUGGGAGCAGAGCUGUUUAUGUGGAGGUGUGCAUGUGUGUGUAGAGUUCAGAGAACAACUUUGGGUGUUGGUUCUCACAGUCUCCCAUCUUUUGUUUGACAUAGGGUCUCUCACUGGCCUGGAACAUCACCAAGCAGGUCAGACCGCCUGGCAAGGGAGCCUCGGGGAUCGCCUAUUUCUAUUUCCCAUGCUGGGAUCACAACCAUGAACCACCAUGCCCAGCUUUGUGUGGGGGUUCUGGGGAUCUGAACUUAGGUCUUCAAGCUUGAGAAAAAAGCCACGUUACUGACAGUGCAUCAUCUCCCCCAGACACCUCGUGGCAUACAUGAAUAACAAUUUUUAGCUGUUUUAGUUGUGUGUUGGCGAGCUGUACUCCUCAUGUGGUGUGGCAACAGCUUUGAAUUUCCAUGGAUCCCUUACGCCAGAUCCAGUCAUCCAGUCCAAACUGUUCAUGCAGAUUGUCGCUGUCCCCACAGCAUCUCUGGAUGCUUCUAUACUAGAAAGACAAGAUGCAGACCUCCACAACCAACUCAGGGUAGCAUAAAACUAACAGAACCCUGAAGUAGGAGCAGAAAAGUCACACUGGGAGAUGGGUGGAGGGGACACUGUAAAGUGCCAGUCUAUCACUUUAGAGAUAAUUCUGGGUACAGUGGAGGCCAUCCGUAGUUUGGGGUUUGCAGAAUGGUGGAUGCUAUCCACAGUUGCUGAGUUACACACACACACACACACACACACACACACACACACACACACACACACACACAAUUUAGAUGCAAAUCCACAAGACAGGAAAGCAAGUCACUGAUGCAGAAACCUAGGGAGCCCUUGCUAGGGGUGAAGGAUUGUAUGGACUUUCCUAAAUGGCCUGUAUCUCGGGCAGAUUCUGUCAUGGAACUGUCGAAAAUAUCAGACAUGACGAAGCUCCACCAGGCUGUAGCAGCAGGAGACUGCAAUUCAGUGAAGAAGAUUCUGAAGAAAGGUCUCUGUGACCCAAACUACAAGGACGUGGACUGGAAUGACCGGACGCCUCUCCACUGGGCUGCAAUCAGAGGGCAAAUGGAAGUGAUACAUCUCCUGAUACAAUAUGGAGCCAGACCCUGCUUGGUGACUGAUGUGGGCUGGACCGCAGCUCACUUUGCAGCUGAGUCAGGCCAUCUGAAUGUACUCAAAAUUCUCCACGCACUGCAUGCUGCCAUUGAUGCUGCUGACUUCUUUGGAGAUACACCCAAGAGGAUCGCACAGAUCUAUGGGCAGAAAGCCUGUGUGGACUUUCUGGAGAAGGCAGAACCAGAAUGCCGCGACCACCGCCAGAGAGGACUGUUGCUUGAUGAGCGGGACCCAGACUGGGACCUCAAGAAAAGGGAGCUAGAGGAGUCUCUUCCCGCCCCAGACCGAAACACCAACAAAAAGAGUAAUAAGAGAAUCCGAGGCUCCACCAGGCUCAACCAUUCCAAGGCCUGGAGGGUAUGAGAAGGCGGAGCCCAGGACACAGACUUAUUGGACCUGGGACCCAGCUUCCUGCUCUUCACAGAAUUCGACUUCACCACCCUUACUUACCCAGACCUCCACAGCAAACCACUCGGCUGGAAAGUCUUGCUGCCGUGUUUCUGCCAAAACCCAAGAGCGUGAAGCUAAACCCAGAAGCUCGACCCGGAGGGGACAGGGCAGUGGACAGGCAACAGCUGCUUGCACUUGGUUUGUAGUGACUUGCAAUGCCAUCAUGCCCCGCCCCUCACCCACCAACACACACUUAGUUACAGAGUGUUCGCCAUCAAAGAAAGGGCUCUUCCAGUGAAAUUGAUCAGACGUGGGGGAGGGGGGCAAAAAAUGAAAUAAAAAGCAAAACAAAAAUCAAGUUCGGGCUGGAGAAAU